AUGGCAGCUUCUCAUCUCAUGCUUCCUUGUGUCACUGCUUCUUUAGUUCUGUUGUUCGUCCCUUGCUUCUUACCAAUUGUCCAGCCACAAACCAUUGGAAAUUCACAAACAGGUCCUACUGUUAGCGAAUGUGUGCCUCGCCUGCUGUCAUUGGCUCCCUGUGAAGCAUUUGUGCAAGGCACAUCGGCAUCACCUCCUCAGACAUGUUGCUACAACCUCAGACAUGUCUACAACCAGGAACUUAGCUGCCUCUGUCUCAUGGUGAAUGACUCUUCCAUAAGUGCUUUUCCUAUCAAUAGAACACUAGCCCUUCAGUUGCCGGUCCUCUGUAAUCUUCAAGGAGGCUUAUCUGCUUGUUCAGCUGGAGACAUAGCUGUACCCUUCCCUCCUAGUUCACCAACUUCUCAAGUUUCAUUGGGACAAAAACAAAUGCUACUGUUGCUGUAUCGCCAACGACUGGCAUCCUGGGAUCCAUCCCGCAUAGUGUAG